UGCGCUCUAAAGCCGGCCACGGCCUCGCUGCGCUCCUGCUUCCAGGAGACGAGGCCCCGCCCUGAGGCCCCGCCCCCGAAACGGCAGUCGCUGGGGCUCCGGCGCCGCGCUGCCUUUGCGGUCGCCCCCUUCGUCAUAGCCCCCCUCAGGCUGGUUUCCCUGCAGCCUUCAGGCACCGCCGCGCCGCACGUGAGGGAACCCUCAGGCACCGCGGUCGCCGGGCUCUUCCUGGUAAUGCCAGCCACCCACACCACGGCACACGGAGGAGUCCUCUGCCAGUUUCAGAUACUUUCUGCACUGUGAGAAUGUAAGAUGGAUCCCGAAGAACAGGACCUGUUAAAUGACUACAGAUACAGAAGUUACUCUUCAGGGAUUGAAAAGGCUUUACGAAAUUUUGAGUCCUCCAGCGAAUGGGCAGAUCUCAUAUCUUCACUAGGCAAACUCAACAAGGCGCUGCAGAGCAACCUGAAGUACUCCCUGCUGCCUCGCCGACUGCUCAUCAGCAAGAGGCUGGCACAGUGUCUGCAUCCGGCCCUGCCCAGUGGCGUGCACUUGAAAGCUCUGGAGACCUAUGAGAUCAUCUUCAAGAUUGUGGGGACCAAAUGGCUGGCCAGGGACUUGUUUCUGUACAGCUGUGGGUUGUUUCCCCUCCUGGCAAACGCGGCGAUGUCGGUGCGGCCUGUGCUCCUCGGCCUGUAUGAGAAGUACUUCCUCCCGCUGCAGAAGCUGCUCCUCCCCAGCCUCCAGGCCUUCCUCGUGGGCCUGCUGCCCGGCCUGGAGGAGGGCUCCGAGAUCUACGACAGAACGGACGCCCUGCUGCUGAGGCUGUCGCUGGUGGUAGGCCGGGAGGUGUUCUACACGGCGCUGUGGGGCAGUGUCCUGGCCAGCCCGGCCAUCCGGCUCCCCGCCUCACUCUUCGUGGUGAGCCACAUCAGCAGGGACACACCGGGCCAGGAUCAGGGCUUCAUGCUGGGCACGGACCACCAGCUCACGGUAAAAUCGCUGUGUGCCUCACUGUUGGACUCCAAUGUGCUCGUGCAGAGAAAUAAUCUGGAAAUCAUGCUGUUUUUCUUCCCAUUUUACACCUGUCUGGAUCCUGACCAGAGGACUGUUCCCCUGCUCAGAGCCGACAUCGUGUACCUGCUCUCGGCUGCCACCCAGACCCUGCUGCGAAGAGACAUGUCCCUAAACAGAAGGCUCUAUGCCUGGUUGCUAGGUUCAGAUAUUAAAGGCAAUACCAUCAUGCCUGAAACUGACAUCUCAAAUUCUUAUGAAGACCCAUUCUCUUAUUUUUUUGAAAAAUACUCCAAGGAUCUUUUAGUUGAGAGCCUCGCACAGAUCCUGCACCAGCAGUUCCUGGACGCAGACGCUGAGGAGCAGCACCACGCAUACCUGAAGCCUUUCCGCAUCCUGGUCAGUCUGCUGGACAAGCCCGAGAUAGGCCCUCAAGUGGUCGAGAGCCUGUUUCUCGAGGUCAUCAGAGCCUUCUACUCUUACUGCAGAGACGCCCUGGGCUCCGAGCUCCAGCUGAGCUACACUCAGAGCGGGAGUCUGCUGAACAGCACAAUCAAGGAAAACAAAAACGCCUCUGAAAUUGUCAAGACGGUGAACUUGCUGAUCUCCUCCCUCAGUGCUGACUUCCUCUGGGAUUAUAUGACUCGGCGCUUUGAGGAGUGCUUCAGAUCAGGGAAGCGGAUCCACACUGCCGGGAAGCCUGUCGGGCCUCCACCCACCAUCUCGGAGCUCUGCACUCUGCUCGUGUUCCUCCUGGAUGUCAUUCCCUUGGAGCUCUACUCAGAGGUGCAGACCCAGUACCUCCCGCAGGUGCUCGGCUGCCUGCUGCGGCCGCUGGCGGAGGAGGUGGAGGCCUUGAGCUUGGCUGAGCUCACGCACGCCCUGAAGAUGUGUUUCAAGGUGCUCAGCAAGGUGCAGAUGCCUCCCUCCUACCUGGACACGGAUCCCACAAGUGGAGGCUCGAGUCCGGUAAAAGGUGACCCUGGCGAAAUCAUUUUGGAAACGAGAGCAGUGGUGGCUGGUGAUGACCAGACACCAUUCCCCCCGCUGAGGUCCGAGGACAGCGGGAUUGGGCUUAGUGCCUCAUCACCAGAGCUGUCUGAGCACCUGAGGGUCCCUCGGGUUUCUUCAGAGAGAGAUGACAUCUGGAAGAAGGGGGGCAGCAUGCAGAGGACAUUUCUGUGUAUCCAGGAGCUCCUCGCCAAUUUUGCCAGCAAGAACAUUCUCGUAGAGCCACCGCCCACGCCCAGGGAGGAAGGCAAAUCUGAGGAGCCCUCAGGGAAGAGGGACAAGGGCGUGGCAGCUAGCAACCAGGACAGGAAGAACUCAUGGGAGACCAAGCCCAGCACCGUGCCCCAGUUUAAGCAGAUGCUGUCAGACCUGUUCACGGUGCGUGGGUCUCCGUUUAAGACAAAAAGUUCAGAGUCACCAGCAUCUCUGCCCAGUAGCCCAGGCAGGAAGAUAGGAGGAGGAUGGGAGGCUGACCAUGUGGUCAUUGACCUGGGAGGUUCCAAGGAGCACUGCAGAGAGGCCUUUGCUGCCGCCUGCCACCUGCUGCUGGACUGUGCCACCUUCCCCGUGUACCUGUCCGAGGAGGAGACCGAGCAACUCUACGAGACACUUUUCCAGCCUCCAGGGGCCAGCGAUCCUGAUUUUCCACUGUGGCUGAAGUCCCUGAUGACCAUUAGCUGCUGCGUGACCGACUGCUACCUCCAGAAUGUGGCCAUCUCCACCCUGCUAGAGGUGAUCAACCAUUCGCAGUCACUCGCAUUGGUCAUUGAGGACAAGGUGAAGCGCUACAAAAGCUCUGGGCACAACCCGUUCUUUGGCAAGCUGCAGAUGGUGACAGUCCCGCCCAUUGCCCCAAGGAUACUGAAGGUCAUUGCGGAGGACACAGACUUCUAUCAGAGGGUGGCACAUGUGCUGUGGAAUCAGCUGAACAAGGAGACCCGGGAGCACCACGUGGCCUGCGUGGAGCUGUUCUACCGGCUGCACUGCCUGGCCCCAUCGGCCAACAUCUGCGAGGACAUCAUCUGCCACGCGCUGCUGGACCCUGACAAGGGCACGAGGUUGGAAGCUCUCUUUCGGUUUUCUGUGAUCUGGCACCUGACCAGAGAGAUCCAAGGCAGCCGAGUGACGUCCCACAAUCGCUCCUUCGACAGGUCCCUGUUCGUCGUGCUCGACAGCCUGGGCUGCACAGAUGGCGCCAUCAGCACAGCGGCCCAGGGCUGGCUGGUGCGCGCACUCUCCCUGGGGGACGUGGCUCGCAUCCUGGAACCUGUGCUCCUUCUGCUGCUGCAGCCCAAAACCCAGAGGACAUCCAUCCACUGCCUGAAGCGGGAGAGCUCGGCCGGGGACUUGUAUCGUUGGUUUCACAGAAAGAAACCUUCCUUCAAAGAGGCAGGCGGGGCAUCUGAGCUUGUGGAAAGUGACUGCGAAGAGCACCUGCCCCUGAGCCAGUUCACCACGGUGGAUCGUGAAGCCAUCUGGGCCGAGGUGGAGAAGGAGCCAGAGAAGUGCCUGCCAUAUGGUGAGCUGAGUGAGGAGGACCUGUCCUGCUACAUGGGCCGCCCGGAGAGGGUGGCCCCCAGCUCCCCAGACAGCAGCGAGCACACCGAGUCUGCAGACACGAGCUCCAGCCACUGGGACAGCAAGAAUACAUCCAGCUUCUCCUCCCCAUCCCACAACCCGCAGGAGCUGAGCCUUGAAGACAACUGCUGUGCGCCCCUCCCUGUGGGGGGCAGGGUGCACCCCACACGCUCGGCCUUGCUGGCAGCCUUCCAGCCUGAAAGCCUCAAGCCCAAGGCCAAACUGAGCCUGACGCGCACAGACUCAGAUAAAACGCAGGCCUCGGAGUCACUGUCCAGUGACGAGGACGGGGACCUGGAGCUCCAGGCCCUGAACACAUCACGGCUACUGAAGCAGCAGAGGGAAAGACAGGAGUCGCUCGAGGCCUUGUUCAAGCACAUCCUGCUCUACCUGCAGCCCUACGACUCCCGUCGCGUGUUGUAUGCCCUCUCCGUGCUGGAGGCCGUGCUCAAAACCAAUCCCAAGGAGUUCAUCGAGGCCGUGUCCAGGACCAGCAUGGACACCAGCUCCACCGCACACCUCAACCUCAUCUCCAACCUCCUCGCGCGCCACCAGGAGGCCCUGGUCGGCCAGAGUUUCUACGGGAAGCUGCAGACCCAGGCACCCAGCGUGUGCCCCCACUCACUGCUCAUCGAGCUCCUCACCUACCUCUGUCUGAGUUUCCUGCGCUCCUACUACCCUUGCUACCUGAAGGUCUCCCACCGGGACAUCCUGGGCAACCGUGACGUGCAGGUCAAGAGUGUAGAGGUGCUGAUUCGCAUCAUGACGCAGCUGGUGUCGGUGGCCAAGUCCUCAGAGGGGAAGAAUGUGGAGUUCAUCCACAGCCUGCUGCAGAGGUGCAGGGUCCAGGAGUUUGUGCUGCUGUCCCUGUCAGCAUCCAUGUACACGAGCCAGAAGCGCUAUGGCCUGGCCACCGGCGACCAGGGUUGGGCCCCAACAGAGGAUGGCCUCUUUGAGGAGAGCCUCAUCAACCUGGGCCAGGGCCAGAUCUGGAGCGAGCACCCGCUACAGAUCGAACUGCUCAAGCUCCUGCAGGCGCUCAUUGUCUUAGAGCACCGCCUGGGCCAGGGCCAGGAGGAGCCUGACAGCCAGCAGGCCCUGUCCCGGGAGUGGCAGAAGGCACUGAACUUCCAGCAGGCCAUCGGCGCCAUGCAGUACGUGCAGCCCCACCCGCUCACCUCCCAGGGUCUGCUGGUCUCGGCAGUGGUUCGAGGCCUGCAGCCAGCCUAUGGCUACGGCAUGCACCCAGCCUGGGUGAGCCUGGUCACGCAUUCCCUGCCGUACUUUGGGAAGUCUCUGGGCUGGACGGUGACUCCCUUCGUUGUCCAGAUUUGCAAAAACCUGGAUGAGCUGGUCAAGUUAUAUGAAAGUGAAUCUGUGAAGCUCUCCAUCAGCACAACCUCCAAGAAGGAAAACAUUUCUCCGGAUUAUCCACUCACCCUUUUGGAAGGUCUGACAACUAUUUGUCAUUUUUGUGUUUUGGAGCAACCGAACCAAAGCAAAAAGUCCACAGUGGUAAGCGACCCUGCCAGCCUUCGUAACGCCAAGAACGCCAUUUUGGAAGAGUUGCCACGCAUCAUCAACACCAUGGCCCUUCUUUGGAACAUGCUAAGAAAGGAGGAGAUGCAGAAGAGGCCCACAGACCUCCUGGGGGCCACCAAGGGGUCCUCUUCUGUCUACUUCAAAAGCACCAAGACCAUAAGACAAAAAAUUCUAGAUUUCCUAAACCCCUUGACAGCCCAUCUCGGAGUUCAGCUGACAGCUGCGGUGGCAGCAGUGUGGAGCCGAAAGAAAGCCCCGCGUCACAGUAAGACUAAGAUCAUCCCGCUUGCGAGCGUGACCCAGCUCACCCUUGUUGACUUGGUCUGCGCGCUCAGCACCCUGCGGACUGACACGGUGCUGCACCUGGUGAAGGAGGUGGUAAGGAGGCCACAGCAGAUCAAGGCCAACGAGAAAUCACUCCUCGUGGAUAUCCCCGUGUUGCAGUUUUGCUACGCUUUUCUGCAAAGGCUCCCAGUAUCAGCCUUGCAGGAAAACUUUCUCUCACUGUUGGGCGUCCUGAAGGAAUCCGUGCAGCUGAACCUGGCCCCUCCGGGGUACUUCCUGCUCCUCAGCCUGCUGAAUGACUUUGUAACCAGAACACCCAACCUAGAAAGCAAGAAGGAUCAAAAAGACCUGCAGGAGAUCACUCAGAAGAUCCUGGAAGCUGUGGGGAACAUUGCUGGCUCGUCAUUGGAACAAACCAGCUGGCUCAGUAGGAACCUGGAGGUGAAGGCCCAGCCACAAGUCACUCUAGAAGAAUCGGACAUGGAGGAGGAGCUGUGCGAUGCUGCUGUGGCUUCAGCUAUGGUGUCAGCAUCCGCACCCUCGGUCUACAGCGUGCAAGCACUGUCUCUUCUGGCGGAGGUCUUGGCUUCUCUCCUGGAUGUGGUUUACCGCAGCGAUGAGAAGGACAAGGCUGUGCCGCUGGUCUCCCGCCUGCUGUACUACAUUUUUCCAUACUUACGCAACCACAGUGCCUACAACGCACCCAGCUUCCGGGCCAGCGCCCAACUGCUGAGCUCGCUGAGCGGCUACGCCUAUACGAAGCGGGCCUGGAAGAAGGAAGUGCUGGAGCUGUUCCUGGACCCCACUUUCUUCCAGAUGGAUACUUCCUGCGCUCAUUGGAAGUCCAUUAUUGAUCAUCUUCUGACUCAUGAGAAAACAAUGUUUAAGGAUCUAAUGAACAUGCAGAGCAGUUCUUUAAAACUGUUCUCGAGUUUUGAGCAGAAAGCCAUGCUACUAAAGCGCCAGGCUUUUGCUGUGUUCAGUGGCGAACUGGACCAGUACCACCUCUACCUCCCCCUGAUCCAAGAACGCCUGACAGACAAUCUCAGAGUCGGACAGACACCCAUAGUUGCUGCUCAGAUGUUUCUUUUUUUCAGAGUUCUGCUGCUAAGAAUCUCUCCCCAGCAUCUGACCUCACUGUGGCCCAUAAUGGUCUCCGAGUUGAUUCAGAUAUUCGUACAACUCGAAGACGACCUGAAGGAGGAAGAUGAGUCACUGAGAAACAGCAGCAAAAUAAACAAAAAAAUUUCCGCUCCUGACGGAAAUGGGCCCUCAACAGGGGAGAUGGCCCCGAGUGAACUCGUCCUGUAUCUGUCGGCCUGUAAAUUCCUGGACACGGCCCUCUCCUUUCCACCUGACCGCAUGCCGCUGUUUCAAAUAUACAGGUGGGCCUUUGUUCCGGAGGUGGACACAGCGAGCCCUGUGUCCCUGUCCGACCUAGAAGAGACUCACCAGGAAUGCAAACCCCACACUGUCAAGAUUCUAGAACUUUUGAGGUCAAAAUACGGGGAAGCUGGCGGCCCCCACGAGAUGGCCCCCAAGAGCGACUUCCCACUGCUGCGCCAGCCUUCGGUCUCCAGCAUCCGGGACCUUACCCCGUUCUUCCAGACGCUGAGCUAUGCCUUCAAAACCCAAGCUCAGCGCCCGGCCCCAGGGGCCGAACCCUGUGCCCGAGCACUGCCUCUGGAGGUCCCCGGCACCGGCGGCCCAUGCGUCCUCAGGCAGCUGGAGGCGUGCGUGGAGCAGGACUUUCUGGAGCAUCCCGAGUGUUAACGUCUCUGGAAUGCGUUCAGUCCCUUCAAUGACCACUGGGUGCGAACCGUGAUGUGCGACCAGCGGGAAGGGCGCGGCCAGGGCUCCUGGGCACCUCUGUCCCUAAACCCAGGGCACCUGCGAGUGAUUCUCUGUCCAGGGUGAAACACACCGCCCGGACGCCCUGUGGUGUCUGAAUGUCCUCCCGUGUCUCUGCCUCAGUGUAUGUAACGAAAUAAAGUCACUGCACCCGAACAGCAGCGCAGUCUGUAUACGGGAGAGAGAGGAGCACAGGCUCCAGGGCUCUCCUGGCCAAGGCAGAGGUCUGGGUCCUCCUUCAUCUGUUCCUCUGGAAGUUCGAGCUGAUUAAAAGAACAUUAUUUUUACCGCUUCACACAAAUGUCCUUCAGCGAGCUUCAAUGUAACAUUUUAAAACAAUAUGUAUGGUUUUACGAGAAUAAUCACUCCUUACCUGUUCAGUAGAGCCGAGCACGUAAACAUGUUUCUCUUCACCUCUUGCCCAUUAAAAUGGCGUUUGAACAUUGA